AUAUGCAUAGCCCACGACAAGAUCAAUACAUAUUCGCCGGCCGUAUUCAUCUUCUCGUACAGAAGCUCCAGGGAGUAGCCGAGCUUGCGGCGAUGGCUGCAGGAGCCUACCAUAGCUCGUCAGCUAAUUCGACGAUCAUGGACCUUUUCUACGCCCUCCUUCUCACCAUAGUCAUCUUAGGCACCGCCCUGGCCCUCUUCUUGCCGGCUGCCAACUAUGACCCGAAGCCCCGGCUGUUCAUCCGACUGGUCGAGGUCCAGGGGCUGGACCCGUGCAUCCCGGAGACCGAGGUGCGUUCCCCGACCUUCGAGCUGGCCGUGGACGUCGGCCGGGUGUCGGAAAGCAGGCGGGGGCCCUGCGCCGGAGGUGGCGACGCGAUGCUGCGGGUCUCGUACCGCGGGAAGAUCCUGGCGUGGGGCGGCGUUCCGCGGUUCUGCGUCGACGGCAGGUGCCUGCAGGGGCCGAGCGCCAGCGUGGCGACCGUGGUGGCCACGGCGGAGGGGCUUGUGUUGCAGCAGGAGCUGCGGAACAAGAUAUGCGCCGAAACCUAUGCUCUCGGGAGGGCCGAGUUCGACGUGGAAGGGAGCGUUCCUGGACUGGGCCACCUCCGCUGCAAGACGUACCUGUUCCAAGGCGACCAGACGGAUGCGCUGCCUCCGUGCUCCUUUCACAAAGACCCCGAGGAGGGCACGUGCUGAAGGUUAUUUUUAGGUAAACGUUUGGAGCCGGCAGUCCGGCCGUCUCGCGCGAGACGCGUAUACAUGGUAGGGCCCACGCACGAAACAACUCACCGCUGGCCACACAAACCUUAUCCCCACCUCGUGAGUAUCUAAUCCAGUUCAUCCCCGCCACCGUUCCCUCUCUGAGUCCAAAAUACCAGCGCCAGCGACUGCACUUUUGAGGACGCCAGAGCUGAUGCAAGCGGGAGCUGCGUCCAUGGAUGUGAAACUGCAUCCUCUUCUCCCCCGACGGCUGGAGCGGCGAGCGGCAACCAUGGAUGGCAGGAGCUGCAACCCGCUUUCGUGGGAGCUACAACCGGCGUCCAUGGGAGCUGCAGCCGAAACGCGAGCUGCAACCAUGGAUGGCGGGGAGUUGCAAUCGGGCCUCCGGGGGAGCUGCAUGCGGUGAACGGCUCGACGGCGGCGACCUAUUUUUGCUACAACCUCUGUACUCUUUUCACCGUGGACCUGCAGGCUCGACGGCGAUUAGCGGCGGGUGGGGGUGGCUGGCAAGCACGGGCGGCACGGGGUUGACCGGCGAGCACGGGGGCGAGCACAGGCGGCCGGCGAGUCAGGCGCGAGCGCAGGCGGCUCGGGUGUGGCCGGCAAGCACGGGCGAAGAGAGCAUGGAAGGUCCGAUCCAACAGCUGUAUAUACGCGAAUCGGACGGCUGCGCGCUGACCGGCCCAAAUUUGGGCCGGUGCGCCGGCGCCUAUCGAUGCCUUAUUUUUAGCGUCUUCUUUUCCUGUAUUUAAGGAUCUUAUAUACUUUAUUAUUUAUGUAUAUACUUUGUAAUGCCAUAUAUAUAUAUAUGAGUUAAAAGCA